GGUACAGCGACACCUGGAAAGAUAUUUGGAGCAUCAUUGGUGGAUUUGAUGAGUACACAGAGGAGGACAUAUCCAGAGCUGCGAAUACCUUUGUUCUUGCACAGUGGCUUCAAGUUCAUCAUUCAGUAUGGAAUGCAGAUUGAGGGCAUCUUCCGUAUUGCAGGCGCCAAGGAGCGCGUCAAGCUGCUGCAGACGCAGCUGGACCGCGGCGAGCAGAUCGAGUUUGUCGAGGGCAAGCUGGACCCGGUCGACUUGGCCGACCUGAUCAAGAUCUAUUUCCGCGAGCUGCCAGACUGUCUGAUGCAGGUCGAGAAGUACGACCAGUUCCUGGGAGUGCUCAAUAGCUCAGAACGCCAGGAGCAGGUGGACAAGCUGCGUGAGAUCACCUCGGACAUGCGUCCCGACAACCAGAACCUGCUGCGCGAGCUCGUCUGCUUCCUGGGCAAGGUGGCCAUGAACAGCACGUUCAACAAGAUGACGGCCGAGAACCUGGCCGUCGUGUUUGGCCCCAAUCUGCUGUGGAAGGGCGGCAAGGCCGUCAGCACGAACGACAUGAUGGAGCUGAUGGCCGGCGCCGGCAAGAUCAAGCUGCUGAUCACCCUGAUGCUCGAGGAGCAGACUCACAUAUAUGGCGACGAUAUCAACGAUGCGGUGUCGACAAGCACCGGUGACAUGCAGGUGGCCUUCAACUACAAGAUCGGCGGUUACAGAAAGACAUGCCAGGCCGUCUCAAUCAUGAACGGCAGCAGCAGCGGCGAUGCCAAGCUGGUGUGGACAGUGGACUCUGGUGGCACCGUGAGGAUAUACAAUGCAGACACCUACGCGACUAUACGCGAGUUUGACGUGCUGGUGCCCAACUCUGGCGCUCGUAUAUUCUCAAUGAUCAUCGUCAAGGACCAGGCAUGGAUAUCUUCGUCGUCAGGCAUCUCGGUAUGGAACAAGGACUCAGUGCGUGACGAGACCGGCGGUCGAUUCCCCGGCCUGCAUACAUCACUGACGGCUGUGUACUCGCACGGCGAGCUGCGCAUCUGGGCCGGCUCCGAGCAAAAGAUCACCAUCAUCUCAACGUCAACCAGCGAGGUCGUUCAGACGAUCGACCUGCCGGGCCAGUUCAUCGUGUCGCUCACCGAGAUCUUUGGCGACUCAGACCAGGUGUGGGCCGGCGCCAACAAUGGCCUCAUCAACAUCUUCAACAAGACGACAGGCGAGCUGAUCAAUCAGCUGAAAACGCCCGCCAGCAGGAACAUCUCCUGCCUGCUGUGCCACGCCUACAUGGAGGAGAGCAUGGUAUGGGCUGGCUCCGAAGACAAGACAAUCUUUAUCAUCGAUCCACGCACGACGCAGAUCGUCAACAGUAUCACGCAUCCCGAGAUGUUGAUGAUCCACUCGCUCAAAUCCAUUGCCAACUCAAUCUGGAGCUGCUCGCGCGACUCGUCCAUCCGCAUAUGGGACCCGCGCAGCAACGAGUGCAAGGGCGUCCUGGACCAGUACCACACCGACGCCGUCACCGAUGGCGUAUUCACCUACAACAACAAGAACCAACGAUGGGAGUUCUGGAGCGCCAGCUACGACAAGUCGAUAUGUAUCUGGACCGUCAAGUCCGAGUUCCUGUUUCCACCUCCACCCUCUUUG